GAUAGUGACAUUCAUUUGGCCCGUUGAGACGUUUUGAUUUAACACUGCUGGAAUUAAUUCAACGUGGUCUUUUUCCUUAGUAAAUAUUCAUUAUUUUAAAACAAUGGAUCUCGCUGAAAUGACUGCUAAUAUGUCUUUACAAAAUAUAAACAGCAGCGUUCAGAAGAAACGAGAAGACUACAUCGACUGGCGAGAGUAUUUCAUGGCAACGGCAUUUUUGGCCGCAAAACGUAGCAAGGAUCCCAGCUCGCAAGUCGGUGCUUGCGUUGUCAAUAAAGACAACAAAAUAGUUGGCAUUGGAUAUAAUGGGAUGCCCAUGGGUUGUAGCGAUGAUGUGUUCCCAUGGGGAAAGAAUACUCCAUCUCCUUUAGAUAGCAAAUAUCUGUAUGUAUGCCAUGCAGAAAUGAAUGCCAUAGUCAACAAAAAUUCAGCAGACGUCAAAGACUGUACCAUAUACGUCGGUCUUUUCCCCUGCAACGAAUGUGCCAAAAUAAUCAUACAGUCGGGGAUCAAAGAGGUGAUUUACCUGUCGGACAAACACGCACACAAGCCUGAGACGGUCGCCUCGAAACGGAUGUUUGAUGCUUCUGGCGUCAAAUAUUGGCAAUUUAAACCAAAGAGUGAGAAGAUUGAAAUCAACUUCGGUGAUAUUGACUGGGACAGAAUGAGCCCUAGAAAAUGACGCAAAUGUAUUUAUUUAUACUAAUAAGGACAUUUAAUAGAUAUUUUUAAUAAUGUGUUACCAUAAUUUGGUACCUAAGAAUGUUUGAUAUUAUCUUUUAUGAAUAUAUUAUAAGUAUUAUGACAUUUAUAACACUUUAAACUCUCGCGUUUUGUACACAUAUUUAACUACACAAACGGGUCUACCGCGAUAUAAUUUCAUUGUUUUUACCUUUAAUUCAGUCUUUCCGUGACCACAGCCGGUGAACUCAGCUAAAACGUCGGAAUUAAAGGUAAAAACAAUGAAAUUAUAUCGCGGUAGACCCGUUUGUGUAAUUAAAUAUUAUGACAUUUUAUGAGAAAUAAAAUAAUUGAUUCAAUUUUGUAAAAUAAAAUUUUAUUACUUUAUGUACACAAUGACAGAGGUACAAAUACUUCGGUCACACAACUGAAUAGGAAAACAAUGACUGUUCUUAACACAAUUAUGUCGUAAUUGGAGUACAAAUAAACGAUUAACAUGUGCAUGUUAAGUUCCAGCACAACCAGUGUGCAUUUAAUGACAAUUUGGUGUAUCCAAUUAUUUAAUUAUUGUCAAACUUUACACAUAAAUAUAAUGUCUGAAAAAAAGAAA